AUGGCCUCCACAUUGCCUUCGACGCCGAUCUUCAAUGCGAUCGCAAAGCACGAUGCAAAGUCGUUGGCCAUAGUUCAUAGCAGCUCCAACCGCUCAUUUUGCUACGGGAGCUUGCUACACGAUGUCGCAGCAGCAAAGGACAACCUAGCCAGUCUGGUCCAUGGCAAGUCCCUGCGGGGAGAGCGUGUGGCUUUCCUUGCAGAGAAUGGCUAUGACUAUGUUGUAACUUUCCUGUCCAUCCUCGCGCACGAUGCCAUUGCUCUGCCUCUCGCCUUUACGCACCCAAGCUCCGAGCUACGCUACAUCCUCGAGAACAGUGAGGCAGCACUGUUUCUGUCGACCGAGAAAUUUCAAGAAAAGGCAGAAGAUGUGCUGAAAGAGCCAAUGGAUCAUAAGCCACGCAUGGAGAUAUUGUCCAAGAUUGAGACUGGCGCGACGUCUGCAGAGAACGUCAAGUUUCAGGAAACAGCUCUUGAUAAUGCCGGCUUCAUGCUGUAUACUUCAGGGACAACGAACCGGCCAAAAGGCGUUGUUCUAUCUAUCGACAACAUCACCGCACAAGCAAAGUCGUUGAUUGAGGCGUGGAAAUACUCAGCAUCCGACCUGUUGCUGCAUGUGCUCCCGCUUCAUCAUAUCCACGGCACUAUCAAUGCGCUGUUCACACCCCUCAUGGCCGGGUCUGCUAUCGAGUUUGCAUAUCCAUUCAACGCUGACACAGUCUGGCAAAGGCUAGCAGCUCCCUUCCUUCCCGAUGUUCCUUCUGGCAAGGAUCCAAUUACAUUCGUUACGGUCGUUCCUACUAUCUACAACAGGCUUCUUGCAUCAUUUCCCUCCUUGGAUGAUGGCAUGAAGAAGGCGGUCAAAACGGCUAUUUCUCCCAAAUACAUGAGGAUCAACAUCUCGGGUUCGGCGGCGCUUCCUACGCCGACCAAGACAGCUUGGACCGAAUUGAGCGGCGGAAAUGUGCUCCUGGAACGCUACGGAAUGACCGAGGUGGGCAUGGCGCUGUCAUGCGGCCUAGACUACGCUGACCGUGUGGACGGAAGCGUGGGAUGGCCACUUCCUUCUGUGGAGGCCAGGCUGGUGGACACGGAAAACGCCGAGGUUAUCAAAGAAGGAGAGGAAGUGUCUCCUGACGGUCGUCUGAGGGAAGGAGAGAUUCAACUUCGAGGGCCAACCAUUUUCAAGGAGUAUUUCCGCAAUCCCAAGGCAACUGCUGAGGAGUUCGUAGAAGCGGAAGACGGCAGAGGGAAAUGGUUCAAGACCGGCGAUGUGGCUGUGCGUCAGGUCGUGCAUGGUGCCGGUCGAAGCGACCAAGCCUGGGCUCAAGGACCAAUGUAUUUUAUUCGCGGCAGGAAGAGUGUCGACAUUAUCAAGACAGGUGGAGAAAAGGUAUCUGCGCUUGAAGUGGAACGUGAGCUGCUGUCACUGCCCGAGGUGGCUGAGGCAGCAGUGGUCGGUGUCGCCUCGGAGCAAUGGGGCCAGAAGGUGGCUGCAGUUUUGGUCUUGAGCGAAGCAGGAAUGACCGCUGGUAGGGGCGGCAAGCGCUGGUCUGCACUGGACAUGCGCAAGGCACUCAAAGACCGUCUGGCCAACUAUAAGAUCCCACAGGAGCUGAAAGUGGUCGAUUCGAUACCGCGAAACGCGAUGGGCAAGAUAAACAAGAAGACCCUGGUCAAGGACAUAUUCGGAUAG